AUGGCAACCACACUCAAAAACGUCAUCGUCGUGGGCGGCUCCUACGUGGGCAAAGCGACAGCGCAGGAACUGGCCAGGAUCAUCCCCAGUACACAUCGCGUGCUGCUUAUCGAGCCGCAUAGUCAUUUUCAUCAUCUUUUUGCGUUUCCCCGCUUCGCCAUCCUCCCAGGCCACGAACACAAAGCGUUCAUCCCCUACACGAACCUCUUCACCUCACUACUUCCCCCCUCAGAGAACAAGACGACAAAUAAUACCGUAAUCCAAGCACGCGUCCUCUCCGUCCACCCACACCAUAUCACCCUCGACCGCCCCUGGCCCGAGUCCCCAACCUCGUCUCCACAAAUCCCCUUCGACUACCUCGUCCUCGCAACGGGCACACGCCUCACCGAGCCGGCGGGGAUGCGCGACAACGAGAAAAUGGCCUCGGUCGCGUACCUGCAGAACCACCAGAACGACAUCAAGAACGCACAGUCGAUUCUCAUUGCCGGAGGCGGUGCGGUCGGCGUGCAGAUGGCGACGGAUCUCAAGGAGGUGUAUCCGGACAAGGAGGUGACCGUUGUGCAGUCUCGCAACGUGCUGAUGCCGCAGUAUCAUCCGGCGCUGCAUGGGCUGAUUAAAAAGAGGUUCGAUGAGCUUGGUAUCAACUUCAUCACGGGCUCGCGCAUCGCAGUCCCCGAAACGGGCUUCCCAACCGAAACCCCGUUCGAAGUGCAACUAACAAACGGAACAACCCUCCCGUCGAAAUACGACUUUGUCAUACUGGCUACCGGCCAAACGCCCAAUACAGAACUCCUCAAUUCCCUCCCGCCAUCCACAUCCACAUCCUCCCACUCCUCUCCCUCCGCACAACCAGAGGAAUCCCUGCUCAACCCGGACAACGGCUUCAUCCGCAUCCGACCCACGCUGCAAUUCCAAGACAAAGCGUACCCGCACCUCUUCGCCGUCGGCGACAUCGCGGAUACAGGACUCCGCAAAGCCGCGAGGCCGGGCGCCGUCCAGGCGGGUGUUGCAGCGCGGAAUAUCAAUGCGCUGAUCCGCGGGGAGGACAGGGAUAGGCCGCUGGAAGAGUUCCCAAGGCAGCCGGCGGGGAUUCAUUUGAGUUUGGGGUUGAAAUACAACGUCGUCUUCCGGAACCCAGAUGAGGCGGCGGGACAGACGGAGCCGACGAUUAUCGAGCGGGAUGACGGCCGAGACGACAUGGGCGUUGAAGGGUGGUGGGAGCGGAUGGGGGUCAAGAUCCACAAGCCGCAGCAGUAUCAUUUGUAG